GACGAAUAUCAGCAGUGAGGAGGAUAACCGGGACUACGACACUCUUGUGAAGUGGGUGGAUGCCUAUCGUGAAGAGACUGCGGCGAUUCGUACAAGACAGCAAAGGCUCGUAGAUGGUGUUGAGGAUGUUGAACCAAUGGAUGCGAAUUCGAGCCAUGGCUUACCC